CCACCUGCAAGGUUCGCAAAGUUGUGAAAGUUCUGCAUUUACAAUUCUGCAUUGAAAUACUCAGAAAUUUUGUUAAUAUGGCAAGAUUGCUUCUCUCAUCCGGUCAGGUGCAAGUCAUCGCAUCGGGCUUUGUUGUGGUUAUUUGUACAUUCGCGCUCUUUAUCAGUGGCUACAUAAUACAGCAAAGAACGCUCACUCAACUUCGCUCAGCGAUCAAACCACGACAAGAGACACGCCCAUCACCAAAAGUCUAUCUCCCUGAGAAGUUCCAAGUACGGACGAAAGAGCUCGAGGAUGGCCGUGUCAUCGACAUAGACACAGAAGCCGAUAUCGAAGUACGACGACAGCGUCUCUUAGUUGAGAUCAAGGAGACGAAACCCAAUGUCGAUGUCGAGGGCAAUGCAGUAUUGGAGAGGAAUAUAGAGAUCAUAAAACAGCUGCAGGCCAAGGUAGUGGACAAGAUGUCGACACCUGAAGGACAUGUCGAGGCACCAGUCAAGAACCACAAGCCUGUUAGCAAGGCAAAAAGGAGGAAGAUGAUCAAGCAAGAGCUUCAGAAGUCAGCCCAGGCUGAAGAUGGGCUUUACUACCAACGCAGGAUGUGGUGAGUUGUUUGCGAGAGUGCAUGGUUUGCUUUGAAUGUGUAUACGGUAAUGAGAAUGGUUUAUGUAAAAUGUAUAGGUUCUAGCAUAGAAUGGACAGCUUGGUUCGUAUAAUGAAUGAUAGCUAGUUAUGAAUUGGAUACAAGUUGAUCAUACU